AUGAGGGUCGUGGCUCUGAUCAGCGGUGGGAAGGACAGCUGCUACAAUAUGAUGAAGUGCAUCGAUGCUGGACAUCAGAUUGUUGCUUUAGCAAAUCUAAGACCAACUGAAAACCAUACGGGGUCAGAUGAGCUGGAUAGCUACAUGUAUCAGACAGUGGGCCAUCAUGCCAUUGACUUGUAUGCAGAAGCAAUGGCUCUUCCCCUCUACCGCCGCACCAUAAGAGGAAAGAGCAUGCAUACAGAACAAAUAUACACCAGAUGCGAAGGUGAUGAGGUUGAAGAUCUCUAUGAACUUCUGAAACUUGUUAAGGGCAUCCCUAAAGUGACCUCGCUGGCUGACUAUGAUGCUCUUAAUCUCUCGGAUUUUCACAUGCAUUUGGAAGUGGGCAGCCAGGCAAUUGUUUACAGGACUCCAAAUGAACUGUGCACCCGCAGCAAGUUUGAUAAACACACAUUUCCUCCUUUUAUCAGUGAGAUUGCAGAACGUGGAGUAUGA